CCUCGAGGUAAAGGAUCCUCCAAUAACCACCAAAAGAUAGUGGGAAAAAGGGCCACUUUCCUCACACUCGCCGUCGGGUCGACUUGAGAAGCUAAUAUCCCAUUAAAAUUCACUCUUACGUACCUGCCUCUUCACCUCCUUUUCCCUGUUAAUUUCGGCCUUAAUGAGAGGAGUGUUUUCGCCCGCAGGAAACGAGGAGACGGGUCGGGGGGCCGAGAGGAGCGUCUCAGUCAUCCUUGAGGGCGAGGAGGCGGAGCUCGUGUUCAUCCGCCUGCAGGAGAUCACGCAGGCCAUCGCGCGAGAAGGCCACGCGGACGGCUGGGUGGUCGUGUAUGCCAUCAACGACCGCGAGAGCUUCAAGACGGCGUCGACGGUGCUGGGUCGUGUGUGGUCGUUGGGUCACGUGACUCAGAGAGCGGUGAUCCUCGUGGCCAACAAGACCGACCUUCAGCGCACUCGGGUCGUCACCACGUCGGAGGGGCGCACUCUGGCCAUGACCUACGAGUGCAAGUUCAUCGAAGUGAGCGCCGGCAUCGAUCACAACGUGGAUGAGCUUCUCGUCGGCAUCUUGACCCAGAUCCGCCUGAAGAACCAGGUCCUGAGCAGCGAGAACCAGGAGGCGCCGGGGUCGGCUCCCGAGGGCUCACCCACCGCCACGCAACAGAGGACGCGCCACAAAAACAGUUUUCGAGUCAAGGGCAUCCUGAAUAAACUCUUGAACAAAGACCGCAAAACCAAGUCGUGUGAGAAUCUGCACGUGUUGUGAGGUUCGAGUA